UUCAGCUGCAAAGAAGAAAACGAUGGCAGAUGUGGUGGCAGGAGCGCUUCUCUCUGUUGUCUUCGAUGAUUUAUUUAAAAAAAUGAAUCUGGAGGUGCUUGACUUCUUCCGGGGACGAAAAGUCAGAGAGGGGCCCGUAAGAAAGAUGAAGAUACUGUUGCUGUCUGUGAUUGCGGUUCUCGAGGACGCCGAGGAAAAGGAACUCACGAAGCCUGCUUUGAAACGGUGGCUUGAUGAGCUGAAAGAUGCUGUUUUUGAUGCGGAAGACAUCUUGGAUGUGAUUGAUACAGAAAUCCGGACACGCAAUUUGGCUGCUGAAUCUCAAACUACUGCAACAAAGGUACGGAACUCUGUUCUGCGUAAUCGUUUUGCCAAGGAGAUACAACCGAGGAUGGAAGGGGUUAUUGAGCGAUUAGAAUAUCUUGCAAAACAAAAGGAUGUCUUAGGUUUAACAGAAGGCCUUGGAGGGAAAUCAACAGAAAGAUUGCCCACGGCUUCUUUGGUUGAAGAAUCUGGUAUUUUUGGUAGGGAUCAUGAUAAAGAGAGAGUUAUUAACCUUUUGCUCUCGUAUGACGGAAGAGGCGGUGAGAUGUGUGUGAUUGCAGUAGUGGGUAUGGGGGGAAUUGGCAAGACAACGCUUGCUCAGCUUGUCUACAACGACCAGAGGGUGAAGGAGCAUUUUGAUCUUGAGGCAUGGGUGUGUGUUUCACAGGAAUUUGACGUGUUCAGGGUGACGAAAACAUUUCUAGAGGCAGUAACUUCGUCAACAUGUGAUAUUAAGGAUCUGAAUCGGCUUCAAGUUACACUCAAGGAGAAGUUGAUGGGGAAAAAAUUCCUACUUGUUUUAGACGAUGUAUGGAAUAAGAAUUAUGUUGAUUGGGAGGUCUUAAGAAAACCCUUUAAAUUUGGGGAACAAGGAAGCAGUGUGAUUGUAACCACACGUGAUAAUGAUGUUGCAUCCGUUGUACGCUCUAGUGGGACUCAUUCUCUGAGAAGGCUGCCAGAAGAUGAUUGCUGGUCGGUAUUUGCAAACCAUGCAUUUCACAAUGGUAACACACGUCCAGAGCUAGAGGCAGUGGGCAGACAGAUUGUGAAAAAGUGCGAGGGCCUACCUUUAGCCGCCAAAACAAUUGGGGCUCUAUUGUGGUCGAAAUUGGAGGUUGAUGAAUGGGACAAGAUACUGAACAGUGAAAUAUGGGAUUUACCAAUUGGCGAGACACACAUUCUUCCAUCUUUAAGGUUAAGCUACAAAUAUCUACCCUCACAUCUAAAGCGAUGCUUUGCUUAUUGUUCAAUAUUUCCAAAGGGUUAUGCUUUUCAAAAAGAUCGUUUAGUCUUACUGUGGAUGGCUGAAGGUUUCCUGCAAGAGCCAAAUAACAAAACAAUGGAAGAAGUUGGUAAUGAUUACUUCCUUGAUCUUGUAUCAAGAUCAUUCUUUCAACAAUCAAGUGGUGAUAAAUCAUGUUUUGUAAUGCACGACCUUGUCAACGACUUAGCAAAGUUUGUUUCUGGACAAUUUAUCUUUAGGCUAGAAGAUGCCUGUUUUGAUGGAAUUUUGAACAAGACUCGGCACUUGUCGUAUUUCAGAACAAGAUUUGAUAACUUUAAGAAGUUUGAGGCUCUUUUUGAGGUUAAGCGGUUGCGCACCUUCUUGCCAUUAGAAUUCUCCAUAUUGGACAACAAUUUAUCUAAAAAGGUACCGGAUGUUCUAUUGCCGAAGCUAAGAUGUUUACGGGUACUUUCUUUGUCUCAUUAUGAAAAUUUGGCUAAGUUGCCUGAUUCAAUUGGCAAAAUUAAGCAACUACAUUAUUUGGACAUUUCCUUUACUGCAGUUAAAAGGUUACCUGAUUCCUUGUGUAAGUUGAUCAAUUUGCAAACACUCAACUUGUCAUGGUGUAACAAUCUAGUUGGAUUGCCUAGGGAUAUGCGAAAACUCAUUAAACUACGUCAUCUUGAUAUUACUAGAACUGACAUAAUGGAGAUGCCGAUACAAUUGGGCAGCUUAAGAAGUCUGCAAACGUUGACAAAAUUUAUUAUCGGCAGCCGUAAUGGCUCUUCCAUUGGAGAGUUGGGAAAACUUACAAAUCUUCGAGGAAAGAUUGCUAUUUUGAACCUUCAAAAUGUUGUCUCUUCUACAGAUGCCGCAGAUGCAGGCUUGAAGGACAAGAAGCACAUUGAGGAGUUGGUGUUGGAAUGGAAAGCUGGUACUGUUGUUUUAGAAAGUCAAAGAACUAUACUUGACAGUCUCCAGCCUCAUUCGAAUUUGAAAAUUCUCUCUAUCAACAACUAUGGUGGUCAAAGUUUUCCAGAUUGGGUAGGGCACGAUUCAUUCUUUAAUAUGGUAUCUCUUCAUCUAAUUAAGUGUAAGUUUUGUUGCAGCCUGCCAUCGCUUGGACAACUACCCUCUUUGCAGAACCUCUCUAUUGUUGAGUUUGAUGGAGUUGUUAGAGUGGGUCCUGAAUUUUAUGGUAGUGGUUCGUCUUCAAUUAGGCCAUUUAAAGCAUUGAAAGUUCUAAGGUUCGAGUUGAUGUUGAAGUGGGAGGAAUGGUUUACCUUGGGUGCUGAAAAUGAAGGUGAAGCUUUUCCUCUCCUCCAAGAGCUUUAUAUUCAUGAUUGUCCCAAGCUAACAAGAAGGUUGCCCAUCCAUCUUCCUUCUUUAGCCAAACUUGAGAUCACAGAAUGUCCACUAUUGGUGUCUUCACUCCCAAUGUUUCCUGCUAUAUGUCAAUUGAAUCUAACACGUUGUAAUGGGGUUUUGUUAAAGGAAUUGCCAACUAGAAUACAGGUUCUUAAAGUUGGAGGAUUUGAUGCACUAGAUUCCCAAGUCAACAUAAUGAUGGGGCCCAGUAAUACUUCUCUUCAAGAGUUAGAAGUUAGUGAUUGUUCUUCGAUUGUGUCCCUUUCCAAGGGUGAUCUAGUAUCUACAUUAAAAUCCCUUGUCAUUAGGAAUUGUGGGAUUUUAGAGCUCCCAAUGUACCCGAUCUUUUCAACCCUUAAAAAAUUAUACUUAUUUGAUAUUGAUGGUUCUCUCAAGUCCGUCCCAUUAGACUUAUUUCCAAAGCUUUGUGACAUCUAUAUCUUUGGGUGUAGGAAUUUGGAAUCCUUGACAGUUUCUGAAGAACAUAGACAUGAUUUAAUGACAUUGCAAAUACAAAUCAUAAAUUGCCCUUGUUUUGUAUCUUUUCCACAAGGUGGAUUGCGUGCCCCCAACCUUGCAUUGCUUUGGGUUUGGAAUUGUGGAAGUUUGAGGUCAUUACCAGAUAAUAUGCACAUUUUCCUCUCAUCUCUUGAGGAUUUGCAAAUAGUUGACUGUGCAAAAGUUGAGUCGUUUCCUGAAGGGGGUUUGCCUUCUAAUCUAAAAUCAGUUUCCAUUGUUGAUUGUGACAACCUCGUUGCCAGACGAAUGGAAUGGGGUUUGCAAAAGCUCCCCUUUCUUAAAAGUUUGUUUAUUUGUGGCGAAAAGGGAGAUGCAAAGUCCUUUCCGGAGGUGGGAUUGCUGCCCACCAAUCUGACUUCUCUUCAAAUAAUGAAUUUUCCAAAUAUGAAAUUCUUGGAUAAGAAGGGGGUUCAACACCUCACCUCUCUGAAAGAAUUGCGGAUCUAUAACUGUUGUAUGCUCAAGUACAUGCCAGAAGAGGGGUUGCCUAACUCCGUUUCUGUUUUACUUAUGAACAAUUGUCCUUUGCUAAAGAAACAACUUCACAAGAAAAAAGGAAAAGAAUGGCUCAAGAUUGCUCAUGUCCACCUAAUAAUGAUUGAUGAUGAAUUGAUUGAAUGAGCUAAAUGUCUAGCAAGAAUCUCCACUCAGAAUUUAGAAGAUCUAAGAGCUAGCUCGAUUAUGACUACACAAAGCAACACGUCCGUUUCCAAAGAUUGAUCAAAAGCUCCUUGGUUAAUUUUUAUGGGUUCUUCCUUACUAGGUGGAUCCAAACUGUUUUGUGAAAGUUCUAGUGCCUGACGAAUGACUCUCGAUGUGACAAGUGGUCCUGCUGUCAGAAAGUGCCACACCUAAGAGGUUCAAACAUCAUGCUUACAGACUUGGAAAACUAUUUUCAAUUUAUUAUGAUUAUAGCAGAUAUUGGAGUGGCCUUCCUGCCGUGGUCUCAGAUGUCAAAUUUUUGUUGUACCAACAAAUAUAAUAUAUUUAGCAGGAAGUUCAAUCAAUACAAAGGGAGACGGCUAGGGAGGAACUUAGUAGGAGGUUUCACACAAGAACCCUACAGAUUCAAUGGUAAUUUUAAAAAUUAACGAGAAGAGAGAGACUGAAGGAUAAUCCAUGGGCUUACAAAUCCAAAAGCAUAAAUGCAUUUGUAGUAUGGAGCUCUGAAUACAACAAACAGUGAGCAAUGAGUUGGGAUACAGACACUUUUGGGCUCAAGUUGGUGCAACAGAAGGUGUGGGCCUAGCAUCUUCUCGUAUCUUUUCAUACAGCUGCAACCCAUGAAUUCACACAAGCAUACGAUCUCAUUAAGUCAACAGCUAGAGUACUACAGGGAGUAUCAGCUUAGGGUGCUGGAAAUUGCAGGGAGAUCAAAUGCUUCAACAAUAAUAUCUGCUGCAAUCUACUUUCUUAGUGCUGGGAACAGUGACUUUCUUCAAAACUAUUACGUUGAUCCUCUUCUUCAAGUCGCCUAUUCUUUUGAUCGCUUCUCAAACAUUCUUGUGCAAUCCUAUACAAAUUUCAUUCAGGGCCUAUAUGCAUUGGGAGGGAGGAUGUCUUGGCUAUGGAAGACUUUCUCUGCCAUGGAGGACUCUGCAUCUGCAGAGUUCUCUACAUUGGGGAUACUGCUACAUCUUCAUAUUGUUUCUUAUGAACUUUAGGUAAUCAAACUUGUCACUAAUGAUAGUUCAAAGAUAAUGUUAUUUAGUAAAAUGUUAUACAACUGCCAUACAAUUUGAUGAUGUGAUAGUGACUCUUACAAAAAAUCCUAAGUAGUUGUCUAGAAGCUUACUAAAUAUCAUUACUCUAGUUCAAAAUGGAUGCAGAUAUUUUCCUGGUAAUGGAAAUGAUUAGCACACUGACCUCUUCAGUGUUGAAUGGGUCAAAUUGUAAGAUCC